GCUGGUAUUACAGCGCCUCGUCAUGGCGGCACAGACCCGAGCUCUGGUGUCCGGGCAGUGGUUGGCAGAUGCCGUCAGAAACAACCUCAUCGGCCCGAAGCUUCGUGUCCUCGACACUUCAUGGUAUCUACCGAAAACCAAACGGGACCCGAGAGCUGAGUUCGCUCAGAGACACAUCCCGGGCUCCUCGUUCUUUGACAUAGACGAGUGCAGCGACCGGAGCUCCGCGUUUGAUCACAUGCUGCCAACUUCCGGCCACUUCUCCCGGUACGUCGGAGAUCUGGGCAUCGGGAACGACACGCACGUAGUCGUGUACGACACCAGCGACUUCGGGUCGUACAGCGCGCCCCGCGUGUGGUGGAUGUUCCAGCUGUUCGGACACAGCCUGGUGUCGGUGCUGGACGGCGGCAUGAGGAACUGGCUGGCGGACGGUCACCCGCUGACGGCCGAGUACCGCGCACCGGAGCGCAGGGACUUCAAGGCGACUCUGAACCAGUCGUGGGUGAAGAGCUUCGAGGACGUGCUGGAGAACGUCAGAACCGAGCAGGUGCAGGUUGUGGACGCCAGGUCUGCAGGCAGGUUCAGGGGGACUGAGCCGGAACCGAGAGAAGACACACUGCCGGGACAUUUCCCCGGCGCUGUCAACAUGCCAUUCACUUCUUUCAUGGACGCCUCUGGGAAGGAGCUGGACGCCGAGGGCCUGUCCAAGCUGUUCACAGAGGCCGGGGUGGACCCGCAGCGCCCGCUGUGGGCCACCUGUGGGUCCGGUGUCACGGCAUGUCACGUCGCUCUGGCUGCUCACCUGCUCGGCCACCCCGAGGUGUGCGUUUACGACGGCUCCUGGUCUGAGUGGUUUAAAAGGGCAAGUCCAGAGCACAUCAUCUCAGAGGGAGAUGGAAAGAAAGUGUGAACAAAGAAACAAACGAGGGAGGGAAAGCUGUGGGUUUGCUGCCAAUGAGAGUGACACAUCAAGACGGAAACACUAAAGCCACAUAAUCUACAGAUACUGAGGAGGCACUAGUGUAAAUGCUGCGAGGUUAUGAAACCUAAUUAUUAACAUAACAGAUGCAAGUUUCGCCAGCUGUCAGAAACCUUUAAUAAAAACCUUCCCUUCAUUAUGCAAAUGAUUAAAACUUUCAUUACGUGGGAAGUUGCAGAGUUUAGAAAAACAUGCAUCAGUCUUAAAAUAACAUGAAGGGCUAUAUUUGUUUGUUGGCAGAUAUUUUUUUGAAAGUAUGAGACUAUUGUUGCACAAUUUUUUGGAUUAUUUUCCAAAAAAUGUGUUAAGACAGGACGGGUCUGAUUCUAGUGCACUUUGUUUCUAGGAGGAUAUCGUGUGGAUAUGCUGUAUUCUUCUAUUAAUGUUACAAUAAACAGAUGCUUGAG